ACACCCCAACUGCCAGGCACAUUUCUCAGACAUCCACGACAACACACCUGCUCCGCUCCAUUCCACUAUAUAAGCUGCUGACCUCUCCACCGUCUCCGCAGCACCACACUACGCAAACACUCCUUCUUCCCAUUCACACUCUUCACACCGCCCGCCACCAUGGAUCAGAUCAAGAAGCGCAUGGAAGCUCUCCGCGUCGAGGCGGAUGAGAGCAGCGCCCGCGCUGAGGAGCUCAAGACAAGGGUCAAGCAGCUCGAGGCCGAGACGACACAGAAGGAGCAGGAGAUCACCUCGCUGACGCACAAGAACUCUGUGCUCGAGAGCGAGGUUGAGAAGCUUGAGGGGCAAGUCAAGAUCCACAAGGACGAAGCUGGUGCAGGCGCUCAAGCCGGCACUCAAGCCGAGAGCCUCCAGCGCAAGAUUCAAGUUCUCGAGGAAGAAGCUGAGGAGUCGGACAGGACGAUCCGCGAGCUCAAUGAGAAGCUCCGCCAAACCGACGUCAAGUCCGGCCACUACGAACGCAAAGUCCAGGCUCUCGAGCAAUCCCGCGACCAGUGGGAAUCCAAGUAUGAGGAGAUGGCCAAGAAGUAUGCCGACACCAAGAAGGAGCUCGACGACUUUGUCAAGGAGAUCGGUAACAUCUAAGCUGGUUUUUUCUUAUUGUUGCGCCCUUGCGACUGUAUUCAAAUAGGAAACAAGGUGCUUUAGCUUACCGUGGGACCGUCGAGAUAGAGGCAGAUUUCACACACACAUGACAUUCGCGUACAACCCCCCUACACUACUACUAUACAACUGUUUCUUUCCUGCGGCUGCUUGCUGGGCGGGCCUGUUCGCCUUUUGUAAUCCCUGAGCAAAUACAACGUUGGUGGUUCCCGCCGGACAUACGUAAUACCCCCUUUGAAUCACACAGUGCGUUGGCCGCCGUGCAUGAUGAGAUGUGUACUUACUGAUGGGAGGGGGUUCUAUGACCCCCUGGAUAACAUGAGCCGCGGACAUACCGGGACGGAAUUGUGUCAGAUGUUUGUGCUUUGUUGAGCAAACUGAACAAAGUUAUGAAGGGUG